CCCAGCUCCCGUGGAGUUUCAAUUUGGGGACUCUGAGGGAGGACUGAGGGGACCCUGACCCCAAUCAAAAGAGACCUCAGAGAAGCCUGUAGCUGCUGUUGGUCCUUGGCGGCCGUGGGGUAGGAUGAGCCCAACAUGCGUGGUCUCACUUCCUCACAUCCGGAUCUCAGACUGGGGACCUGGUAGGGGGGCUGACUUCCUGACAUCCGGGUCUCAGACUGGGUACCUUGCAUAUGGGGCGGGGCCUCAGGUGGUCCAAUUCCCAGGUCCGGCGGGGUGUCAGGUUGAGGACCCUGAGGAGGAGAACUAGAGGACCCUGGACCCCAAUCAGAGGACACCUCAGAGAAGCUCGUUUCUGUUGUCAGUCCAGGGCAACCGUGGGGGUUGAAUGAGCGCAGCGGGCACGGUCUGACUUCCUGACAUCCGGGUCUUGGAGAGACCGGGCCCGGGUAUAAGGGGCGGGGCUUCAGUUGGGGAGAGGCGAGAAUCCCAGGUCCUGCUCGAGGCAAGGUCCUCAGAGGGGAGGGACCAGGUCGUGCCAGCGGAAGGGUGAGCACUACAAGGGAGCCCUGAGGGGACCUCCCACCACACAACUGGGGAGACCUCACAGAGUCCACCCAUCGUAUUGUCACGGAAGGCUCAGGGCUGUGCCACAGGAUACCCCCGAGGUGCCCCCUCCCUUUCUCUCACAGGAGCUCCAGGAACCAGGAGGCGAAAGCAGAGGACUGGCACUCGUGUCCUGAGGGCAGAGAGCAGAGUCCAGGCAGUACCAGGAGUCAAGGCAUCCCGCUCGUGGUCGAGAUGAGUGAGCUGAGCAAGCCCGAGGAAGACCACCUUCAGGACCCAGGCGAGGCCCAGGGCCCGGAGGAGGCGCAGCUCUUGGGGGCUGAGGCGGGGGAGGCUGCAUCUGCCUCGGCCUCUUCCCCCAAAGUGUCCUCCUCAGCCACUGGGGAGUCCUUGUCCCAGGAAGCUCUGAAGCAGAUGAUAACUAGGCUGAUGAAGUUCCUGCUCUUCAAGUAUCGAGCCAAGCAGCUGACCUCCCAGGCGGAAAUGCUGAAGAAGGUCCUCAGGGAUAACCAGGAGUACUUUCCUGUGGUCUUCCCCCAAGCCUCGCAGAGCCUGCAGCUGGUCUGUGGCGUGGAGGUGAAGGAGGUGGACCCCAGGGAGCACACCUACGUCAUGGUCCCCAUCCUGGGCCUCACCUGUGAUGAGAUGCUGAGCAGUGGGCGGAGCAUGCCCAAAGCUGGCCUCCUGGCAGUGGUCCUCAGCCUGAUCAUGUGGGGUGGAGACCGUGCCCCUGAGGAGAAGGUCUGGGGAGCACUCAGCAAAUUGGGUAUGUCAGGGGGGAGUGUGCACUGUGUCUUUGGGGAGCCCAGGACCCUUCUGACCCACGUGUGGGUGCAGCAGGGGUACCUGGAGUACCGGCAGGUGCCUUACAGCCACCCUGCUCGCUAUGAGUUCCUGUGGGGUCCCCGGGCCUAUGCGGAGACCAACAAGCGGGAAGUCAUGGCGUUUCUGCUCAAGUUCAAACAAAUGACUUUGAGGGCCUUCCCACGGCAGUCUGCAGAGGCUGCGAGGGAGGAGGAUAAGGAGGCCUGAGCCAGAGCCGCAGCCAGGCUGAUCCUUCCCUCUGUGAUUGACGAGGGAGCGGUCAGCCUUCUCAGAAGUGAGGGCUGGGGCGGUUUGGGGAACUGGUGUAUAACAUCUUUGGGUUCCUGUUGUCUACAAUUACAAUGACAUGGAGAUUCAUCUGUUUUCCUUACAAAAUUUUCAAACUUUGAUUGUUUUCAUAGAAGGCUAAAUAAAUUUCAGUGUCUUAG